AGGGCCCAUAGAAAUAUAACAACCCGUACCCAAGCCCAGGCAUUUUUUCUGAAAGACCCAAGAUUAAUAAACAACUCGAAAUACUAAUAUUAUCCAGUGUAGUAAGUCCACGUAGAUAAAUGUUGUUGUCGAUGACCCUAGCAGCAGCACAUUGAUUCAAAGCAGUAUUCACGCGAUCCUGCGAGGUUCGAAAUCGGAAUCGCAGUCAGCCAGGUAUAGCAGAAACAAGAGGGUGAAUCAGGUAUAAUUUUGAAGAUCGGCAUUUUCUUGUGCGCAUCCGCCGGCGCUGCAGCCGUUCGAGCGAGCACCCACUUCCGCAGGCAAGGUCGCGCUUUUGGAAAAGGCACAGUCUAGGUCUCUUUCAGUGCAGGCGAGCCGGGAACGCCAAGCAUAUUAAACAGUAACAGAUUGACGACUCGGCGCUGACGCUACGACCGGGGCCCGAAGAACAUGCUUCAUGGUGUCAGCGACAAGUGAAGCAUCCGUGACGACCAUGAGUGCGGCGCCGAAAUCUGGUCAAACCGUCCCGAAGAUAAAAGGCUUCGAGCGUGCAUCGUUCACACAAAAAGCACCACGUGUAAAAUAUGUGCUACCUCCAAGAGCAGGUGGCGGAACCACGUCAGACCAAUCCGAUGCGUAUUUUCUACUCUUGAUUUGGAUUUUCAACUAGUAGCCUUUGUUUUUCCACCUCCGCUUCGUCAGUCUAACGGUUCCAUCCUGGUAGUUUGUUUUGAAGCCGACAGAGCGUUUUUUUUUGUAUGAAAGAAAUCAAAGCGAGAGCGGCUUUGCCAACAAUCAAACAUGCCCGAGCAAAUUACGUUGGCUUGAGCCAGUGUCUUUUUUGUGUGAGAUCAAGAAAUCGCGUUGACGAAUGAAACUACCAGGUACAACGAGGACUUUCGGGUGAAAGCACCCAUUGUGAAGGCACUUCCGAAGCUGUUUGAGACCUCGACUGCCGGUCAGCAGGCUUUUGGAAAGGCUCCCGCGACAUCCCUGGCAGAACCGACGGCGAGCACUGCAGGGAGCUCGACGAACCAGGUCGCGGCGAAGCCGAAACUGUUUGGCUCAACAGUAAUGCAGGCAGGGUCUUUUAUCCCAGACGCUGGCCCACAAGGAACGGCAUCGUCCGCUGCACUUGUAGGAUCUGGAAGCGUAACAAAAACAAGUGGGACAGGCUUGUAUAAGAGCUCGGGAGCUCAGCAUCAGCCGAAACAAAGCCAGGCAGCUUCAUCAGCAUUCAGUUCGCAAAACCUGUCGACCAUGCAGCAACCGUCCUCCCAACUCUACCAGACCACAACGGCGGUUCAACCUGUGCCGGUUGCGGUCGGUGAACAAGCUUCCGGCUCCUGGUUGCGUAAGUUGUUUUUUGGAGAGUGGGGAUGUUGCCAAGUAGAGCUCGCAAGACGGUCCGAUCCUAUACACACAUACGAGACCGGAGCGGAUAGCCUGUUUGCAUGA